UCCUCCAAGUUCAUUGUGACUGUCGGUUGACUUAUCAAUUUGCGCGUAGGAUAUUUGCAAUAAUAAUAACUAAUUGUUGCAUUAUCUCAAAUUGCUUCCUGGGUAACUACACAACUUGAUCAAAUGUAAUGGUAAUUGUUGACUGUGAUUGUGUGCAUACCAGUGGACGAUAAGAUAUGGCGUCAAAGGAAAUAUUUACUUUUAUGGUGUAUCUAGCAAGCUGGAUUGUGCAUUGUUCUGGAGGUUGUGUAGAAACAGCAGAGGUUGUAUAUGAGGAAAAUGACCCUAACUACGACGAGUACUACGAUAACCGACAACAAACAGAACAUGUAAAUUCUAUAAGUGUAGACUGUUCUUCCGUUAAUUUAAGUUAUGGACGCUUGUCUUCAGAUGCACCAAAAAAUUAUCAAUGUUCACAAUGCCCACAAAAAUUAACAAUAAGAAAUUCAAUUGUUCCCACUAUUCCACCAUCAGCUUUUACAAACUACCCUUCAACCACCAUACUGGACAUAACAAGCAAUGAAGUAGAAACUAUUCUACCUGGGGCAUUCAACCUGUUGAAGGCACUACAAGAGUUAUAUUUAUCAAAUAACAAUAUAACCAGCAUUUCGGAUGGUAUUUUCAACUCCUUGGUCAAUUUAAUUGCAUUAGAUUUAUCUAAAAAUAACAUUCAGAAGUUAAGUAGCCAUUCUUUCCAUGGUUGCAACAAUUUACAUUAUAUAAAUCUGUCGCAAAAUGCUUUGCAGUCUUUUGACAGUUACUCUUUGGUAAAUAUAAAAGAACAUGCCAAAUUAGAUUUGAGUUUUAACAAAUUAGAAAUAUUUAAUUUUACUUCGCUUUCACAUAUGCAUACAUUAAUUUUAUCCAAUAAUAACAUAAGCAGUAUAAUUGGCUGUUUCGCGCCACUAUUGGUACUAGAUAUCAGUAAAAACUCGUUGUCCUCUCUAGCUCGUAACAACUGCAAUGACAGUAAUCCAGGAAUUUACUUUCUUGAUGCUAGUCACAACUCAUUAUCAAAUUUAGAAACCACACCUGCUUUAAAAAAUAUAUCCCAUUUGUUUUUACAAAACAAUAAUAUUGCAUCUAUACCAAACGAUUAUUUCUCAAAUUUAAAUGGAUUAGUUUUGUUAAAUCUAUCUACGAAUGAGUUGGAGAAAUUGCAAUACGGUUUAUUCGACGGAUUGAUGAAGUUACAGGUAUUACAUUUAUCAAAAAAUCAUCUAACUUCUUUUAAAUCGUACAACUACCAUUUGUUAAAUAAUCUUCAUGAGUUAUAUUUACAUGAAAACGAAAUAAGCAUUUUUGAUUCGAAGGAUUUUAAGGAAUUGUUAACACAGUUAGAAGAACUAUCGUUAGAUGGAAAUAAUUUUACUUGUGACAAAUUAACUGAAAUUUUCCAUGACUUGAGAGGAAUUAAAAUAUACCCUGGACAUUCAUGGAGUAGUAGCAACAUCCACGGUAUAGCUUGUUCAGAGACAGAUUAUAAUUCAGAGGUGACUACAAAGCAAAAUUUUGAUAUUGAAGAAGCUUUUAGAACAAAAUUGAAUGAAAUACUUAAUAUUGAUUUUACAAAAAGUUCCUUGUACAAAUACUAUAAUAAAGAUUUCCGGAAAAGUAAUUUUUAUAAGUACCUGGAAAAUUUACAAUUUAACAACAGUAUUAACAUAUACGAUGUUGAAAAGAAAUUGAACGAUACUGAUAUUGCCGAAUUUCCAAACCAUAUUGUAAAUGACUAUUUUCAUUCUAGUUUUAGGAACAGCAAUUUUGUUAAGUACUUUGUAAAUUACGAAGGAACUGAAAAUGUCAAUUCUGACAAAAUCGACAUGGAUAAUUAUUUCAAUAAAGAUUUUUUAAGUAGCAGUUUUUAUAAAAAACUAGAAACAUUUAAAAGCCCGGUGUUUGAAAUAAAUUAUACGAAUCAAGAAAAUGGCGCGGAAAUGGAAAAAUUAAUUAAUACCUUUGUUAAAGCAGAAAAAAAGGAAGAUAAUUCAGUUUUGUUACUAAUAAUAAUAUUUGUAUUAGUUGUCACUGCAUGUAUAAUGUUGUAUAUUAUGUAUAUUAACCAUAUUAAAUUUGAAAAAAUUCUUAACAAAAAUAUGAACAGUAAUUAGUCAUAAUAUCUGUAGAUAGAUUUGUACGGAAAUAAGUCUUGUGCAUAUAAUA